AUGGAAGGUGAAGAAGAAGAUUAUCCCGGUCCUGAAUCAGGCAUCAACUUGAACGGGAGAAAUGUUGGAGCGGUGAUGGUAGCGCCUAGAGAUGUAGACGUAGCGAGUCAAAGUGGUUGCAGGAUCAACAUUUAUGUGAACAGCAACGUUCAAGGGACUUGCGGUUCUGCUUUGUUUGGUAGUAAAGUCAAGCUAAGAGAUCCUGGCGUUCAUCUUCAUAUCGAAAACGUUAAAAUGACCCGCGACGACGACGAAUGUAGACAAAAGGAGAUGAGGUUAAUUAAGAUUGGGUUUUCUUUGGUCUGCCUCUUUAACAUCUUUUUAGGACUCGUUUUCUUGCUCUUCUAUUGGCUCCGGAAGAAUUAA